AUGACUGCUGCACCACCGGUGCAUCCUGUGACUGACAGUGGCAUGCCGGGUCAUCUGGUGAAUCUUCCUCGCUAUCAUCCCAUUGCCAUGAAUCCGCAUCCACACCCAAUGCCUCCGCCGGAGAUGGUGCAGAGUCAUCACUUCCGCCAUUUUGCAAUGCAUGACCAUCACCCUCCGGUUCCGCCAGUACACAGUCCCGCUUCAUUAGAACAUAUUGAAGCCCGACUGCGCCAUCUAGAGCAUGAAGAAAUGGCUCGCAUGGCAACUCGCAGCCGCAUUCUGGCAAUGCGCAAACAUGAAGAUGAAGAAUUUCGAUCCAUGACAGAACGGGCCGAGGCCGAGGAAGAGGACCUCCGGAGACAACGCAAGAAGCUGAAGAGAGAAUCUAUGGGCCUGGGGCCCAAUGCCAACGCCGACUCGCCGCCUCUGCGGCCAACACCACCGCGGCGGCUAUCAGAAACCAGUGCAGCCACAACACUGGCCUUCUUCAAGCAACAGAGUCCUCCCGAACCCCGCCAAACACCUCUCCCACCGGCACAGGCUCCUCCAAUGCCACCACCACACAUCCACUCCCAACCUCAUCACCACGCAGCUCCCCCACCACCCCCACCAUCUCAACAUCCCCAUGCCCACCCAAUUGUGGCCCACGACUCAAUACAUGGCGCGGGAUCUAUCCGCCGCAAACAGAAAUACACCAUCAAAAACGUCGAAGCAUGGGGCGAACGUCACGGCCGCCCAGCAGCUCACGACCCCUCCGGCCGAGCUCUCUGGAAAAGACCCUCAGACGGCAGUCUGGUCUAUCUAACAUGCCCAAUCCAAGGCUGCAAUAAAUCCGACUUUGUCACCCUCCACGGCUUCAUGUGCCACCUCACCAAGAAACACAAAGACCGCACUCUGGGCAGCCAGUCGCGCGCCCUAGAAGUCUGCGGCGUCGUCUACGACCCCUCAGCACCGCUCCCCCCGUCAUGA